UCAUGUGACUCCGGGAUGAGCCAGAUUAGCGGCUGCUCUCCGUUUGCCAGGAGUCCACACAAACAGGCAAACAUCGUUUCAACACGGACGCUGGACGAGGACGUGAACUAUUCCACCUUCUUUUGGGACAUUUCAGCCGUGACCAAUUACAUUUUCGGCAGCAUUCAUGAACUAGCUCUAAAUUCAUAGCAGGAUAAAAAUCAUGAUUUCGCCGUGGGACCGGUGGUACUCGACGAGCUGCUGCCUCUGCUGCCAUGUACGGACGGGCACCAUCAUUCUGGGAAUAUGGUACAUGCUCAUCAAUGCCGUGGUCCUACUCAUCCUGUUGUCGGCUCUCAAUGACCCAGUUCAAUACCGCUACCACCUUACCAGCUCUGAGCUCGGAACCGACAUUGAUGUCAUGGAUGAUGCAAAUAUCUGCAUAGCCACUGCAAUAUCCCUACUCAUGAUUCUCAUAUGUGGCAUGGCGACGUACGGUGCUUACAAGCAACACGCUGCUUGGAUCAUUCCAUUCUUCUGCUACCAAAUCUUCGACUUUGCCCUUAACACACUUGUAGCCAUUAGUGUGGUGGUUUAUCCCAACACGGUGCAGGACUACCUCCAGCAGCUGCCAGGGACAUUCCCUUACAAAGAGGACAUCAUGUCCACCAACAACUUGUGCCUAGUCUUUGCAGUCCUCCUCUUCAUCGGCUGCAUUCUCUCCUUCAAGGCCUACCUGAUUGGCUGUGUGUGGAACUGCUACAGAUACGUGAGCGGCAGGGGUACCACGGAGGUUCUGGUUUAUGUCACCACCAACGACACCACGGUUCUGCUGCCGCCGUACGAGGAGGCCAUUGCCAUACCGCCCAAGGAGCCCCCUCCCCAGUAUAUGGAGGCAUGAGAGACAUCCUCGGACCUUGUACCCUGAAACCCUCCCAAUACCAUCACAUCUCCCUCCAACAGUAGGACCCCCCAACGCUGGCUGGUUUAUGAUGAAAAACAAGACCAAACAAAGUCUUACCGGCUGGUUUCAGCUUGGAUUCUUGCCAACCUUAGAUUAGAUUAGGAGGACCCUGAUCCAGUAUUGACAUCAACUCCCCACCCCCCCGAAACACCACUCCUGGUUGUUGUGACGUAUUGUCCUCCCCCUAUAUCGUCUCCUCUGUCCUCCUCCAAGGACAGAACCGCAGCAACUUUAGCCGCUCCCAACCCUCCCUCUUGGCAGCUGCCAUGUCACCUGGCAGCGCCUGAACUCUUGCACGCCCUGAACACUCUGUCCCAAACUUAAUCUGCACUUUUCUUUAAGUGAAACUUGCACCGGUCUGGCCACCAACUGUUAACCUCCCCUGAUACUGUGAAUCUCCCUUGUGGUCUUUGUCUAGAAACAAACUACCUGAAGAGAGACAGAGAGAGAGAGAGAGAGAGAGAGAGAGAGUGAGAAGGAAAAGCGACAUACACGUUCGGUUAUGCAAGAGCACUUAUUUUUUCCAGAAAAGGACAAAUUCCUUCAUUGAAUGUAAUGUCGAGGUAUUUUUGUAUGACUUUUUUGUAUAACAGUGAAAACAGAGAGAAAAAGAAGCGAGGAGUGAAGGCUGUCCUGUCCUGAUAAAAUAUCAUUCAUCUGUGUGUCAAUGUAACUCUGUCCUGCUGGAAAUCACAUUGAAAAAAAAAAAAAGGUUCCUUAACCAGUACCAACAACUGUCCGUCUUCCUUUUGUAUCAGUCUAAACACUGUCUGUGAACCUGUAACUCACUGACUGCCAGUAAAAAAAAAAAACUUGUGCACCCAUUGACUUGUAUCAGAAUAUUCCAGUUUGCCUUCCUGUCUGUUCCCAUAUCGCAAAAGUUAGUACUGGCAUUGAUGUAAUCAUCAAGUGAGGCACUUAUCACGACGUUUCACAUAUUCUCACACUUCAGAUUCAAUGAUAACAUCAAUACUGUCAAAUUGUAAAUGUGUCAACAUUUAUGAUUGAAAAUGUUUGUCUUGUGUUCCCGUAUAGUUUCAACAGCAUUGUCUGUGUCUUUGUUUUCUGUUCUUUCUUUUUUUUUUCUUUUCUUUUUUUACAUGGAUCAUGGUAUACAAUCUGAUCUUUUUAGAUAAGCUAACUUAGCUGGACUGAGGGCAUUUUCCUAUAAAGACGGCGUGACAUGCUGUAUAUGCAGUGACUGUCUAAGUGUGUGUGUGUGUGUGUGUUUGCGGGCCUGAGUGUUGUUGUCGAAACUCCCAGGUCCUUUAUAUGUUGUAACAUUUUUCUUGCACAUACAGUGAUAUCAUUUUGAGAUAUUUCCUGUGCUGGUGACCUUUUUGAAAUGAUCCAUGGAUGGGAAUCUAAAGUAUUGAUUUAGCUUAGAGUAGUAGCACAAAACAUACAGGACAAACACAACUAAAGGAGCUAGAUGCUUGUCUUUUGUCCUUUUGCCUGGAACUAUUCAGGCAAUACGUAAAGACAUAAUAAUGGAACAAGCAUUAUAAGAUCAACCUAAUCCCUCUUUUUCCAAUCAUUCCUGUGUAGUAUUGGAUAUAAACAGGAGAGCAUCAUUUUGUCACUCAGACUAUGCAGAACAACUUGUUAGACCUAGAAAUACUAGUACCAGGAAGUAGUACUGCGUCUGAUACUAAUGCUGUAGUGAAUACUGUAGCCAUGUGUUGGCCCCUUCAUCAUUGUCCCCUGUGUGAAUUAUGACCACUGCUUCUGCAAAUCCAACAAAGCUGAAAAAUGAAAAUGCACUUUAAAUCAGCGACAGUGACAACUGAUGUGCUUGUGUUUUGUUCAUCUUGACUAUGAGGUGUGCUGUAGCUAAGUGGUUCUAAUAUGAGCAGCAGCCGUCCUCUGGAUGAUGGAAGCUUGUAAAAAAAAGAAAAAAUAAUGAUACAGAUAUUUGUUGUCUGUUAUGUGACUGUGAAGCUGACGGAUCCUAACCUGACUGUGAGGAGAAUUUGAGCUGAGUCGUGCAGGGUUUAGGGGAAAAGGUUUGCAGAGUAAUCCGGACCAGUGGACAGCUGAUGCCUAAUUUGAUUAGAAUCACUUCUUGGCUGUUCUCUCUGUCGCUUUUCCAUUCACACACACGUCCUCUUGUUGGAUCUGCAUGAGCCCAUGUCUUUAAUUCUGAAUAAUAAAAAACAGAAUCAA